UCUUGCUCAGUUUGAGCAUGCCGAGUAGGGUGUCAAGCGGGGCAAAGUUGACUCUACAGCAUUUUCUGCUGCAAUCCUCUUUGCUGCAUGCGUACCGUGGAGCUGUGAGGGCGACGAGGCCCCUGCCAGACUCUCUCACUCGUCGUGAAACCCUAGACUUCUUUAGAGGCGAGCUGGAGCAAUUGCGUUUCGUGACGGAUCUCGAGACGCUCAGGACCUCGUUGUCAGCUUUUCAACGCACAACCAAGAUCAUGGGACCCCAGCUCGGACUUGGAGGACUUUCCUCUGAAAGUGGAUCGAAACUCAUCGGCAGAGCUAGAUCAAUCUAGAAAUCUCGGCACAGAUGCUAUACCAUGCAUGACACAUCGACC